AUGGACACCAGGUUUGAGGUCUUGUCCUACCACCUGAAUAUCGGCGAAGGAGACUCAGCUGUGUACUCAGUUACCAAGGAUGGGGACCCGGCUCACACAGUUCUGAUUGAUGGUGGGCGUCGGGCAGCCGGUGAUGAUACCCUCCAUCAAUUCAUGGAAUCACCUGAAGCCAGGAACCACAGGAUUGCCAAGUUCGACACCAUUGUCAUUACCCAUUGGGAUGAUGACCAUGCUUCCGGUGUUUUGGCAUUCUUCCUCAAGGACCUUAAGCUUCAACUUUCUCUCUAUAGAGAGAGAAAUAAGGCCAAACUGGACCCUUUGUCGAAGACACAGCUAAAGGCCACCCUCCAAGAAGCUGCUAACAAGGGUGAUAUCCGAUCAUCAUUCCUCCAGUACGACGAGGCGACACCAAUUUGUCUACCACUGAGUAUGAUAUACGUUCCAUAUCGGCUCAACACACAAAGCAACGUUAUCCGCCAGCUGCGGUUGAUUGACAGAUCACGGGCACCACAUGGUGAUGUGAGAAACUACGAUUGGUUUACCCUAGACAACGAAAACAAAGGCCAAAGACUCAGAUAUGGCAAGUUCAAACUCUCCAUCUUCCCAGGCGAUGCAGUGGAAGAGACCAGAUAUUACAUUUGGGUCAGAGCGUUUGUGGUUGGGCCUACUGGUCAAGAUCUGUUAGGCCUGGACCUCUUCACAGGCAAAAAGGUCAUAAGAAAUAUCGAGGAAGCAGACUCUCCCGAGGCAGUCUCCAAAUUCAUGGCCAGAUACAGCACGAUCUGGAAGAGGCCAGUCUUGUACUGUAUCGGAUGUGACGGCUUCACCCUUUGUCCGGACGAACGUCGGUACCCUGACGAAGGGGACAGAUAUGACUGGACCGACACAAAAAGCCCCCCCAGUAGCAAUCUUGGAACGAUGGAUCUUACCAACCUUGUUCUGAGGAGGGGAGCAGGACAACGGAGCGCAUCGACGAAGUGUGUCGAUGGUCCUACAACUGGCAACAACCUAUCGUCCAUUGCAUGUAUGAUCAUAUGGCCCAACAAAGACGAGGCUGUGGUCUCACACUACGUUGGUGGCGAUGUCGGCGAUGAGAAUGAGGAGCUAUUUCUUCGCUGGGCGACGGUUCAAGAUCCUCAAAGCGCGAUGGUCCGGCGCCCGAUCAAUGUCGGCGCCAUGAAGCUAUCCCACCAUGCCUGGGAGAUCGUCCUGCUCAUUUGGGUAUAUGUGCGUGUACGCCGCAAGUCUAAGCAACCGGGGAAUAUGAACAAUGACGACGGAGUCCUCCUUGCAACCACCUAUCCUCCUUACUUGUGUAGCUUUCUGGACUUAUGGAGCAAUAGGAUUGUCUCUAUGAAAGUCGGCUCCAUCGACUCCCUCGAGCUCCGGAGUGGUGCGGAUUUUAGGGCAAUUGUGGAUAACGUGUGGAGGAAAGGCUUGUUUAGGAACUGGCUGGACAAGAUUCGAGACAUGGCCAACGAUGCUGCGAAAGCUGAGGCUUUGGCAAAGCGGAUAAGUGAUUGUUGGAAGGAGUUUUCCCUAAUCUACCGCGCCGACUACAUGGGGCGUCCACAAUAUGAUACGAGCAGCAUGGCGGCCAACACACCCCAAAAGAUUUGCGCCGUUCGACUCCUUCAUAAGGAUCACAAUCCGGUCGAGUAUCAUAUAUUCAUUUCGGAUAAUAUGAAGGACAUCGAGCAAAUUGCCCCGAACUCACUGACUCAAAAGACGGUCAGCCAAGUCCCUUCUGCUCCGACCGCGCUGCAAACCAUGAAACCGCGCCCCCUUCCCAAGAGCCUCGGUGGAGAUGAGACGACGGGAAACACCGUGCACGAAAACCGCUCGCGCCGCAUACCUCUACCGGAUAAGAUCAUUGGGCGAAGGACUUUCGACAUCUUCUUGAAGGACACCAUGGAAUCAAUGGAGGAGGACAAACGAGGCAACUCGUGGUGUCCGACUCCAAGUCCCAGUUUACGCCAGCGACUUCCAUCUACAUCCUUACCACCAGGCACGGAAGUGAGAUUGAACCAGGAUCAGUUCGAAGCCCCAGGCCCAGAGGGCCGUUAUUUCAUCAAGGCAUCAGAUUCUGAUGCGACCCCUAGCGUUGGUCCGCUCACAUACCGCCCACGAGAUGGGCAUCUUGAUUGGUUCCUUGGCGAUCUGAAUACAGGCACCCUGGUGCUCGCGGACAAGCCCCAUACCGAACCUCAUUCUUACGAUCAAGUUCCUAUGAUGCGUGUGCACAACACAGACGAGACGAGCGAGUGGUUUAUACACUGCCUGGGCAGUACUGACGAUGGUGAAUGUGCCGUCAGCGCUCGCGUCAUCACUAUCCCCACCGAGGGGCCUCAACAGCUGGUUAACAUCACCGGCUUCGAACUCCAGACAAGGUUCAAAUACUUGUGGAGGACCCCCGAUGAGGCACCGGACAGUGCGGACACGUCAUUCUUUCAAGACCUUGUUAUUUUCAGUGCCGAGCACAACUUUCAUGAUUUCGGCAUCACGGGGAACACAUGGCCCAACAUCGCUGCUUCAGGCGAUACUUCUGAGACAGACACCCUUGUCGGGCCAGCACAUAUCGUUUGCCUCAGUCUUGGAAAGACUCCCAGUAUUGCUGGCAAACACGUAAAGCUUUCCUACGUCCUAUCGAUGUUCCAGAUCCAAGCCAGUGGGUGGUUGGACUCGCUGAUCAAGCUUGCGGAUUUUGAGCUCACAGUUGACACAGCCAGGGGGCAGAAGAACGCGCUAUGGUACACGCCGGCUGAACAUCACGAGACGACGUUACGGCUUUGCUUCAAGCAGGCCACUGCUGGUUCAGGGGAUCAGAGCAUUUUCAAGAAGGUCUGCAAGUUGCUUCAUGAGUUGACAGGUUUUGAUUCAACCCUAGCUCAGGGGACAACAGUUGAACCAAGAAUCAUUGUCAAGAAGUCAUGGACACUGAUAGGUGAGACGCAAGUCGAAACAGCUCACGAAGUCACGGUGUUGCUUCAAAUGGCUCUCCCUAGGGGUACGUCCUCCAUAGGUGAGCCAUUUCAGUUUGACACAGCCCUAAUCUUUGGUAGUGACGGCGCAACCAAGUGGGUGAUCAACUUCGAGCAGGGAGAAAGCUUCGAGGAUCUGAUCAAGUUGAUCGUCAACCUCUUUUCGGCCUCGGACCUAGAAAAGAACCUCAACGAUUACCUACCCGGGUGCGAUCAGGUUUUCAUUCGACGGGUUGUUUUCACCAAUGCGCCCGCGAGCAAUAGCAAAUCCCUCGAGGUGGUGCUGCAAGUCUUCUUCGCCGACAUGAUCUUCCAAUGCUCACUAGAAGUCGACUUCAUCACCGCUGCCGACGGCAAGACGACCACCACCAAAUUCGGCUUCUUCGGCAAGCUCUUUCCCGAAAGCAGAACCGCCAAGCUAGGCGAGCACUUCUUCUGGGUCCCUUACACUUCCGGUUACGAGCGUUGGACGACCCUCGAAAUUGCGCCCGUCAAAAACGCAGUUGGUGUCCUGGAAGAUGCGCCCGCCACCGAAGUGGGUGACCUGCGCAAAGCCUUCAACGCGCUCCGCAAGAAAGAUGCCCCUGGACAGCCGGGGCAAAAGGAGCUUGUUGCAACCCCGACUGGUCUCGAGCUGGUAGGGCUUCAGUUUGGUUUAACUGGGGAGGAAGUCACGUUUAGCGCCACCGUCAUCAGUGACUUCCCCAAAGAUCAAAAAAUACCUGCUAUCAAGCUAUUGGCGGCGACCCUGGACUUGAGGUAUGAUGUCAAUAAAAAGGCAGUGUCGAACUGCUCGCUGUUGACAUCGAUGAUGAUGACAGCGCCUGACAAGUCUAUUCCGCCUGCUAAAUGGAACUUGGAACUUGCGUAUGACGCAGACGGAGAGGCAGCGCUUUGGACGCUCAGUGGCGGCGUGGGAGGCCUUAGGGGAGACUUGCUUUACUCGCUCUUUGAUGAGGACAGCAACAGUGAGAUGUCUCAGCUUCUUGCCAACAUCACUCUCAGUCUGCAGCUGACGUACAAGUACAAUUCGCAAGCUAAGGCUUCUGAUUUCUUGGUGGAAGGAAACUUGUGGCUCGGGCACUUGCGCUUCAGAGCAAAAUACUGCUACCCAUCCAACGGAGAGUGGACCUUUGAAGCAUCUCUCAACCCCGAAGAGGACAAGGACCAUGAUGGCGAUGAGCCACAGGGCCAAAACCUCCUGGGGGUCUUGGAGUCGAUAUGCGGCCCGGGUUUGAUGUCGGUAUUGCCUGAGAUGGUACGGGAUAUUCCAGUCACGCCUACGGAGAAGAGGGACCUGACCUCCCUGCGCAUUGUGCGCCUUGAGAGAGCCAUCUUGAUGCUGGUGCGGCUCCAAAUCACAGAUAAGACCUCGAUGGCCUUUUAUCAGUACCAGCCAAGGAGAACUGGAAAAGAGGAAAAGGCUCCAAAGGCCAAACGAGCGCUGGUCUUUGCUUUAGACCAAUUACCUAAGGUGCCAGAGAUUCCUCUGGUUGGGACAAUGCCCCAGCCUUUUGACGAGGCUCGGUUUCUGUGGGUGGGCGGCGGCGACGCCCAAGGGUGGACAAGGAAAGAAAUCGAGGAACUGAACAAGAACGCACAGGGAUAUCCUCAGAUCAUCUUCCGUGACACGGGGAAGAAACCACAAGGUGGCGAUCAUGCAGCCUACGAUGAAAAAGCGAAAAACAACGUUGUGCUGAAAAGUGGUUUCCAUCUGUGUCUCGUUGAAGGAGGCGAAACAAGGCUCGACUAUGCUUUUGGCGGAAACCCUGAAAAAGACCCAAAGGAGAAAGGCUUUGAUGCCUCAUCCGAUGACGACGAGACAGAGAUCGUAACACCCAUGGCCAACAUCGCAAAGGUAAACAAGACAAUGGGUCCAGUCACAAUCCUCGGUGUUGGUUUAGAUUUCGACAUCAACGAGAAGAAGCUGAAGCUCAUCAUUGAUGGCACGGUCAAGCUUGGCCCGAUCGACCUGACGCUGCUUGGAUUCUCCCUCACCUUCGACCUCAAGGACAAGACGUUGACCAACCUGAGUAUGAUUGAUGUAGCAAAAGACAUCACGGUAGGCCUGGACGGAUUGGCUGUUGGGUUUCAGAAAGAUCCUAUCAGCAUCGCGGGCAUGUUUGAACACCGCAAAACUGGUAGUGACGAUCUUUAUCUGGGCGGAGCGGUGGUCGGUUUCAAGGAGUGGAAGCUCGAGGCAGGAGGCUAUUACGGAACGGCCGGGGAGCCCAAGGAACCUGAGCCCAAGCUACCUCAGGGUCUCCAAGUAAUGGGUGAAAAAGACUUCAAGGCGUUCCUCGCCUACGUCCGGGUGUCAGGACCAAUCGCCACGAUAGGCUACGCCGAGAUACGCGGUCUUGUUGGCGGAUUCGGCUACAACACGAGUAUCAAGAUGCCGACCAUUGAUACCGUCCAAAGCUUUCCCUUCCUAGCCCAGAGCCCCACUUCAUCAGCGGCGGGAGCGCUGACAGAUAUGAUAAAGGGUGGCUGGUUUAGCCCAAAGGAAGGCGACAACUGGGUCGCGGCCGGCCUAACUGUCCAGGCAUUCGAAAUGCUCAAAGUAACGGCCGUUGUCACUGUGGAAUGGGGAUCCAGUGUACGAUUAGGUAUCUUUGGUCUUGCAACGGCCGAGAUUCCUAAAGGUAGGCCUGAGCAGAAAAAAUUCGCUGUCGUGCAACUGGGUGUGGUAGCCAUGGUGGAUUUCAACGCUGGUGUCAUGAAAGUUGACGGACAGCUGACGCCCGCAUCAUACAUCCUCGACGAAUCGUGCCAUCUGACCGGCGGCUUUGGUCUGUAUACCUGGUUUGGGCCGGGUACUCAGCAGGGAGAUUGGGUCUUUACCAUUGGAGGCUAUCACCCCAGCUACCAUAAACCAGGCCCUUAUCCUAAACCGGGUAUACUGGGCAUCAGCUGGAGCUAUGACUCCCACAUCAACAUCACCGGCGGCGCAUACUUUGCCGUGACGCCCAAGACUUGCAUGGGAGGUGGCAGUCUCCAUGUUGCCCUGACUCUCGGUCCACUGUACGCUUAUCUAGACGUACAUGCUGACUUCUUGAUCAACUAUCGCCCAUUCCUGUAUCGAGCGAGCGCUGGUGUCAUGGUUGGCGUCAAUUACACUCUCGAUCUGUGGCUCGUCACCAUUCCGAUCAAAGUCGAUCUCAGCGCCAUUAUCUGGCUCCAGGGUCCACCUCUUUCUGGAACAGUUCAUGUCGACUUUUUCGUCUUUGGUUUUGACGUUAAAUUCGGACCACAGAACAUGCCUGGAAAUGACAAAAUCAGCUUGUGGGAUUUCUAUCAUCUGGUGAUCCAAGCAACUGAAAAGGGUGCCGCCCAGGCCAUCGGAGAGGGGGCAGGUAUCCAACCUACCGAUCAAGAUGUAGCGCCAACCGGUAUCAUCGUCCCUUCUUCGCAACUUGUCAACUGCAUCAGCGGUCUUGUCCCGGAAAGCAGCGCUGACAAAAACCAAGGACCACCUGCUGCCGGCGAGAAGUGGCGUGUCCGCGGCGCUGUGUUCGCUUUCACCGUAUCCUGCAAGUUUGCCAUCCAGACUGCAACGGUCUUCACCCAGUCGAUUCAUCAAGAUGGAACCAUAACCAAAGAGCACAAGGACAUCACAAAUACAGCCAAAGGGGAGGUCAGCGCCAGGCCGAUGCACCUCCCCGGGCCAUUCGCGCAAUCAUACCUCCAAAUCUCCAUCACAGCACCAGCGCCUCCUCCUCACCCUUCUGGAAUUGCCGAGUUACAAACCAGCAAUCCAAUCUGGAAAGACCAUGAGCUCGGGUAUAGCAAUCUUCCCACUGCGUUGUAUGGUCGAUAUGACUCCAAAACUGACCCCUCCGACCCCCAAAGCGACCCCUCCGCCGUCCUCAACAGCUCAGACGCGACCACCAACCUCCUCACCUCCAUAACUCUCCACGCUCCCGGGAGCAUCAAACCUGAAAACGACAUCGCAGCCUUUGACGUCGCCUCGGCCAUGGGACAGAAAGCCAACGACGGGCAGCCGCCUACCGACUUUCCGGUGCUGGAGGGGCCGCAUGGGAAGUGGAUGCCCGCUGAGGAUAGGGAUCCUGAUAUGGACAGGCAGAUGAAGAAAGUGAAGAAUGCUUGGGGGGAGAGUGCGAAGGUGGAAGAGCGAGGCAUUAGUCGCGUUACGAGAGCGACGGAAUUCAUGGCUGGGCUGGGACUAGGUGGGUGGGAGUGGGAGGAGGCGAGCAGGAAGGAGGUGAAGGUGCCGGAGAAGAUGGUGGAGGAGAUGGGGGUUUGGUGGAUUGAGGCGCCGGGGCUUUGUGAGCUGGAGGUUUGA